GAAACAAUCCACACACAUCCCGUACGGACGGACCUCGAUCGAGCACCGGGAUCGGCGGCCGAAGCAGAAAUCGGACGCGGCGGCGGCCGGAGAAAGCGAGGAGCGUUGGAGUGGGGGCGGCAGCAUCUUGACGUCGCCAGUUUGCCGCGGAUGGGGAUCGGCCACGUGCUCGGCGUCCUCGGCGGCGCCCUCCUCGCGCACGCCGCCUACGCCACCAUCCAGUAUCGGGCGGUGCUGAAGAUCACGGAGGAGGAGUUCUCGAGCCCGCCCAUGGAUGUGAUGAUGCAAUUGCUCCUGGGGCUGGCCUUAUGCAUGUGGGCAGGUCUUGUGGUUCCAGCGAAGUUCCUCUCGGUGCUCCCUCAUUCUGAGGAGAAUAGGAUUGUUUCACUCCCGGCUAACCUGGACUUCAUGACCUUCAACCAUCGGGGGAGGGCGCUACCAUCAGACCCGGACUUGAAGCUGAAGACAUGAUUAAACAUUCACAGUUUCUGUUAUUUACCACAAUAGGAUGAUCCAUCCAGUUUUUUCGUGUCACUCAUUGUUGAUGGGGAGAAGCAUUUCCCAGAACCCAACAUUUAUACUCUGUAACUCUAGAUUUUGUGUCACAUGAAUUCUAUAUCUGUAUACCACUCUAUCUCAUGCCAGUCCAUGUGAAUCAUCAGUUGUUCGUUCACUAGCUUAUACUGAAAUCCUGAGAUGCAUGCUUCUCCAAGUACACA